GGCUCCCCGAACGGGGAGUGCCGGCGGGGGGAGCCGGAGGCCGAGCCCCAGCCCCCCCGGGAGCCCAAGGUCUCCUUCUCGUGCAGCGGGGCCGAGACCGAGAGCGGCUCCCCCGGGGGGCCGGACGGGGCCGGCGGGGAGGAGGGCGGCGAGCCCCGCGGCAGCCAGGCGAGCUUCAUGCAGCGCCAGCUCGGGGCCAUGCUCCAGCCCGGGGUCAACAAGUUCUCGCUGCGGAUGUUCGGCUCCCAGAAGGCGGUGGAGCGGGAGCAGGAGCGGGUCAAGUCGGCGGGGGCCUGGAUCAUCCACCCCUACAGCGACUUCAGGUUCUACUGGGACUUCACGAUGCUUCUCUUCAUGGUGGGCAACCUCAUCAUCAUCCCGGUGGGCAUCACCUUCUUUAAGGAGGAGACCACGGCCCCCUGGAUCGUCUUCAACGUGGUCUCUGACACGUUCUUCCUCAUGGACCUGGUGCUGAACUUCCGCACAGGGAUAAUCAUCGAGGACAACACGGAUAUCAUCCUGGACCCGGAGAGGAUUAAGAAGAAGUACCUGAAGACCUGGUUCGUGGUGGAUUUUGUCUCCUCCAUCCCUGUGGAUUAUAUUUUUCUCAUCGUGGAGAAGGGCAUCGAUUCGGAGGUGUACAAAACGGCCCGGGCCCUCCGCAUCGUCCGCUUCACCAAGAUCCUCAGCCUGCUGCGUCUGCUGCGCCUUUCCCGGCUCAUCCGCUACAUCCACCAGUGGGAAGAGAUCUUCCACAUGACCUACGACCUGGCCAGCGCGGUGAUGAGGAUCAUUAACCUCAUCGGCAUGAUGCUGCUGCUGUGUCACUGGGACGGCUGCCUCCAGUUCCUCGUGCCCAUGCUCCAGGACUUCCCCAGCAACUGCUGGGUCUCCAUCAACGGCAUGGUGAACAACUCGUGGAGCGAGCUGUACUCCUUUGCCCUGUUCAUGUCGAUGAGCCAUAUGCUGUGCAUCGGGUACGGGAAGCAGGCCCCCGAGAGCAUGACGGAUAUCUGGCUUACCAUGCUCAGCAUGAUCGUCGGCGCUACCUGCUAUGCCAUGUUCAUUGGCCACGCCACCGCCCUCAUCCAGUCGCUGGACUCCUCCCGGCGCCAGUACCAGGAAAAGUACAAGCAAGUGGAGCAGUACAUGUCCUUCCACAAGCUGCCUGCCGACUUCCGGCAGAAGCUCCACGACUACUACGAACACCGCUACCAGGGCAAGAUGUUCGACGAGGACAGCAUCCUGGGCGAGCUGAACGAGCCCCUGCGGGAGGAGAUUGUGAACUUCAAUUGCCGCAAGCUGGUGGCCUCCAUGCCCCUCUUCGCCAACGCGGACCCCAACUUCGUCACGGCCAUGCUCACCAAGCUGAAGUUCGAGGUCUUCCAGCCGGGCGACUACAUCAUCCGCGAAGGCACCAUUGGCAAGAAGAUGUACUUCAUCCAGCACGGCGUGGUGAGCGUCCUCACCAAGGGCAACAAGGAGAUGAAGCUCUCGGAUGGCUCCUACUUCGGAGAAAUCUGUUUGCUGACGAGGGGCCGCCGCACGGCAAGCGUCCGGGCCGACACCUACUGCCGCCUCUACUCGCUCUCGGUGGAUAACUUCAACGAAGUGCUGGAGGAGCACCCCAUGAUGAGACGGGCCUUCGAGACCGUCGCCAUCGACCGCCUCGACCGCAUAGGGAAGAAGAAUUCCAUCCUGCUGCACAAGGUCCAGCACGACCUGAACUCCGGGGUCUUCAACAACCAGGAGAACGAGAUCAUCCAGGAGAUCGUCAAGUACGACCGGGAGAUGGUGCAGCAGGCGGAGUUGCGGCACCACACGGCCAUAUACGCGCCCGUCCAGCCCCAGGUGACCUCGGCCAUCGCCACCCUGCAGCAGGCCGUCGCCAUGAGCUUCUGCCCCCAGAUGGCCAGCCCCCUGGUGAGCUCCGUGGCCCUCGGUUCGCCCAGGAUGAUGCGGCGCCUGCAGUACGCCCAGGGCGUCCCUGGCCCCUUCUCCGUCUCCCCGGUGCUGCUCCAGCAGCAGCAGAACAUGCAGCUGCAGCAGCCGCCCCGGCCCACCUCCGCCGGCACCUUCGCCUCGGUGGUGUCCAGCCCUCCGACCCAAAGCCCCCGAGCCAGCCGGACGUUCCCUUACGCCGCCCAGGGUCAGUCGGGCUCCCAGCUGUCCCUGACUCAGCAGACGGCUCCUGGCUCACCCCAGCGGCUGGCCGUCCACAAAAGCACACAGGCCCUGCACACGAGCAGCCUGAGCGAGGAGUCGAGGCCUUUGUCAGCCUCGCAGCCCUCCCUGCCUCACGGGAUCUCGCAGACCAUGACCCAGAGCCCUCCGCCCUCGGCCCACGAGUCCAGCACCUCCGUCGCCGGGGUCCAGGCUUCGGCCUCCCCUGGCUCGGGCCCCCAGGCCGGGCUCAGAGGGGUGGUGCCGCCCCGCAUGGCCCUGUCCCACCAGAUGUCCACGGGCUCUGUCUACGCGGGGGCAGCCGGCAGCCAGCAGGACUCGAGCGGCGCCCGGAAAGAUUCGGUGGUCAGUGCCCCCGACACGGACCCAGCCAAAUCCAGGCUCUCUUCCAACUUGUGA